AGGAGUGGUUGGUCUGGUCUUGUGGGUUCUUGAUCUUCUUGAACACAGGAGAGAUUGAUUUGAUUUGUCAUGCAACGCGUUAAUCCCAUAAUUCACUUGUUUUCAGGGAAUUCAGGAGCUCGAGCACACGCUGACGGAGGAACUGACCGACUCAAAGACACAAAGAGUGAAAUGAGUCCACGAAAGACUAAGAAAGGCUCGUCCGGUGUCCCAGAGAAACCAGCGGUCCGGAGCAAACACACACCUGUCCUGGACAGACCGAGCCCUCCAGAGGAGGACGAGAGCUCGGCGGGGAGGAGGAAGCGCUUCUGUGCUGCUGUCCAGGAGGCUCACACGGCUCUGAGUGACCAGCGCUGCAGGAACGCUCAGCAGUCCUUCUCCGUGGCGCUCCGGAUCCUGGAGUCCAGCGGGACCUCGGAGCUGGGGUUGACGGAGCUGGAUAAAUCUGUUCUCAUGUAUGGAUAUGCAGUGGCCCUGCUGGAGAUCGGACAGCCUGAGGAACUGGAUGAAGCUCAGCGGUUGUUCAACAAAUUAGAGUCGUCAGAGAGGAAGUUUCAGUUGCUGGUGCAUUAUGGGAUGGGUAGAGUUUACCUGAAGGAGAACAGAUUUACUAAAGCUCUGGAGUGCUUCACUAACGCACAGCUGAUGAUCCAGAGACACAUCACACCUGGAAAACUCACCUGGCCAACCACCAAAACUACAGUAGAGGAAACACAGCCGGCCUGUCUGAAGGAACAUCUGAAGAACUUCAUAGAGGAGUGUAAGUUUCCUCCUAAAGCAGACGCGGUCUGCCGGUAUCAGCACUGCCUCUCUCAUACGGUGAAGAUCUACUUCAGCGAUCCAGACUUUAAGGGCUUCAUCCAGCUGAUCUGCUGUCAGAGCUGCAGAGUCCAGUUUCAUUUGAGCUGCUGGAAGAAGCUCAAAACACUUUCAUUCUCUGAUAAGAGUGACAAGGAUUUUCUAAAAGAUUUGUGUUUUACGCCAGACUGUGGAGGUCAGGUCUGUCACAUUGUAAUAUAUGGCUUGACGGGGCUGAUAAAGUGUGAGUUUAAAACAUCUAUUCCUAAAAUCAAACCUGUUGGACGAUUGAGAAUCAAGCAGCAAUGUACAAGUAUUAAGAAGUUGAGGUCUAAAAAUGAACGAAAGCUUCGGCGGAAACAACAUCAGUUGGCGACACAUUCUGCCCGUCAAGAGAGAAAGAGCGUAACGGCUGCAGACGACCCUAAAGACCCCACGGCAGAGAGAGAGACACCCACAGACUGUAUUUAUAUGGACCGUGUUUUACAUCAAAUUCAUGAUAACAGAGGACUAUUUAAAGAAGAGUCGGUGAAUAUUUCUUGUAUUUUGGAUCAUCUGCGGCCGUGGCUGGAUUUAUUUGAGAGUAAAGGACAUGAGAGUGUGUUAAACAGCCGUAGAGAGCCUGGAGCUCUGUGGGAGCUGGUGGAUCUUCUGCUGGAGUCCAGAAACCGUGUCUGGGCUCGAGUCUUUAUCCAAACGCUCAGCUUGACGCUUCAUAUCAAACCCAGACUGCAGCUUUGGGCUCAGCAGCUGGAUAACGCUGGUCUGAAAGCUGCGCAGUCGUUCAUCAGUCGUCACAGCUCUCUUCUGGAGGAGAUGGACCUGAAGCCUCUUCUCAGCUUCACACCGCUGCAGGAGACGCUCAUCCAGACGUUCGGCAGCGUUCCACAGUUAUUCGACCGUGAUGGUUUAACUGUAAUGGAGUAUUUAAGACAGGCUCCGGCUAAAGACAUGCGUCUGUUUAUUUGGACUCUAGAGUCGAAUCGAGAGCGCUAUCACUCCUGUUCUUUCAUUCUUGAUCAAUAUUUUGAAGACGAUGCUGUUUGUUUAGUCAUUAAAAAGACGGAUGAUGAUGAGCACAUGAGCUCAGUAUUUAAGAGUAAAAACAGGCAUCGUAAGAAGAAGCAGAAGGAGUUGAAGUCUGUGUUUGUGCUGUCUGGGAUGAGAGGUGGACAUUCCAGGGAUGAGGAGGAUGAGGAAGAGGAGCUCUUCUCUGAGGAAGACUCUCUGAUGUUCCUGAAUAGCAUGGAUCCGUUCAGCGUUCCCGAACACCUGCGAGGACAGCUGGAGGAGUUUGAGGAGCAGUAUUCGGGAUCAUCACACCGGAGCCAUUACCAGAGGAUCCUGGACAAUAACCCUGACCCCACUAAAGAGAGUUUAUACGAUUAUUUUGCUCAGAUCCUGGAGGAGCACGGUCCUCUGUGUGCGUCUGACCCGCUGAUGAUGGGCGAGCUGGAGAACUUUCCUCCGGAGGCGCAGCAGAAGAUCUCCGACGCUGGAGGACUCGAGUGCUUCCUGCUGGAGUCUCUGCGCUUCGUCCUGAUGGAGGAGCUGAUCGGGCUGAUGAAGCACGCCGUGUCUCUGACAGACCCCGCUCCGUCACACCUCAACCCCUCGGCUGAAGAGUUCUGGCCCCUCACAGACCCCUCACACAUCAGCGUACUUCCUUAUGAUCAUAAAGAUGAGUUCACAUCUUCGGAUGCAUUCCUGCUCCUCCCCGACCCGUACGCCCUCGACUGUCCCUUCUCAGAUCUGCAGGAACACACACCAGCGUCUGAGCAGACACGGGACAAACACACGGCUGUGUGUGUGCGGGAUCUGGCCGAGCAUACAGACGUCUCCAUUAACACCGAGCCAUACGUGUGCUUCGAGAGGAACAGCGGCGACAUGCUCCAGACGGAGAAGCAGAGGCUGCAGCUGUUGAAGGAGAUGGAGCAGAUGAAGGAGGAUCAUGAAGCUGUGCAGCAGAGGAGAGCCCAGGAGAUCUCAGCGCUUCAGGAGGAAACACAGAACAUCACUCUGAGCAUGCAGGUAGAGAAUCAUCCGUGGAGACGUUCUGAAGUGCUCGUGUGUGUGUGUGUGUGUGUGUGUGACUGUGCUUGUGUUCAGAUCGCCAGCACCGAGCUCAGCAUGUUCCAGCAGAAACUAGAGGAGGUGGUGAGGAGAGACCAGCAGGAGAAGAAGGAGAACCAGGAGACGCUCAAGACACUGAAGAUGGAGAUCAGAGACCUGGCAGAUUUACACGAGAGUCACACCAGAGACAUCAGCGUGAAGAAGAAAGAGUAUCAGGCAGAACUGGAGCGAUUCCUAGAUGUCGGUAACCAGUGUGCAUCUGAGCGGUCGAGUCUAGAAGAAGAGAUCAAGCGCUUCAGAGACGCGUGUGUGAAGGCCCAGAGGAGAUCCACCAUGGCUCAGCUGUGUGUCCUGCAGAGCAGGUGUGAACACGCGCUGCGGUUGCUCAGGAUGAGCAUCUCUGAAGGGAAGAUGGUGGUCAAACACCUGACGGAGUCCUCGCUCAGUUACCGCUCCGCUGCACUGCUGUCAGCCGUAGACGAUUGGAAGAGACACGUGUGUGAUGCCGAAGACAAGCUCAGCAGGACUCAGAUGCAGUUUGAGGCUCAGAUGGAUCAGGUGAAGAGCGGCGCCAGACUGAGUUCACUGCCUGACAUCAGUGUUCCCAGCGUCCCCACAGCACCUGCUCUACCGGUCAUACUUUCUCAUCCAGUUCCUCAGCCAUCCGGCUCUCACUUCUACGGGCCGUACGGGUCACUUCCUGCCGCCCGCACCCCCACACCCACAGGACGCAGCACACCGCAGCAUGCUGACCGACUUCCUGAAGAGCCUAUGAGCAAUCGGCCUUCAGCGCCGCGGCACCUCUCUGUGUACGACAGGAUCCUGGAGCGGCUCCACAUGAUGUUCCCUCAUUACACCAGGAAACUGCUGAAUAAUUUCAUCCAGGAGGUGCGUGUGUCCAGUGGAGGUGCUCUUAACACGCUGACCUAUGAUGAUGUCAUCAACCGAGUGGCUCAGCUCAUCCUGGACCAUCAGGAGAACACACGUGAGCGCAUGAACCUCACGGGUGGAGAUGCUCCGGGUCACAUGACUCCUCCGUCUGAUGCCUCUGUCAGAGCCACCGGGACGCCACCGCCACACACACACGUGUGGAAGACCGUGUCGGAGAAACAUCGCAACACUGCGCUGGCGCUGAACAUGGAGGAUCCGUGCAUCAUCUGUCACGAGGACAUGAGUCCAGAGGAAGUGUGUGUGCUGGAGUGCCGCCACAGCUUCCACAGAGAGUGUAUAAAGUCGUGGCUGAAGGAACAGAGCACGUGUCCCACCUGUCGAGAACACGCUCUGUUACCGGAGGACUUCCCCAUGCUGCCCGGGAGACAGCGCAGGAGCCAGACGCCCGCCGCCGCCUUCAACUGACCGCUGUGUGUUCAUCUGCACACGCAUCACACACACGUCUCCUCAUCCAGCUCAUUCAUCACACACAGUUUCUUUUGGGUGUCGGAGACUCUACAGACCAAUCGGUGAUGUUUACUUUCAGAGCACAUCUGUGUUUCCAUUCCUGUAAUAAAGAUCUUGUCUUGAACUGA